AUGAACCUACGAGCCUACGCGAGCAACUCAAAAGAAUUGAAUGAAUUCUUCGAACAGAAUGAGAAUUGUAAAGUUCAACAAAUACAGAAACUACUUGGACUACGCUGGAACACAGAGGAUGAUACACUUAUCAUUUCGUUGCCUGAAACCCCUAAGAGAGACUUCGUAUGGACCAAAAGAAAGGUUUUGAGACAUAUCGCUCAAAUCUACGACCCAAUCGGAUUAUUUUCGCCGGUCCUCCUCAUUGGAAAAUUAUCGACUUAUCUUGGGAUGAAACCCUACCUAACAAGGAGUACGAAGUGGCAUCAAAUAAUCUCUUCCUGGACAAUACCAGAACUGACUAUACCACGAUUGAUCAUCGAUCCAAAUGAUUUUUCAGCAGAUUUCGACAUUCACGUAUUCACCGAUGCUUCAGCUAACGCCUACUGCGCCGUUGCUUAUAUCGUACAACGUCACACGGGCAAACCCACAAGGAUAUCGUUACUUAUGUCAAAAUCCAGGUUAGCUCCACUCAAUCAAUCCAUCACAAUUCCCCGACUGGAAUUAGCCGCACUGAUGAUUGGCGCGAAACUUCUCACAUACGUCACGAAGCAACUCGACCUCCGCAUUUCCAAAAGGUAUCUUUGGACCGAUAGCAUCGUAUCUCUUGCUUGGACUAGAAGCAAUAGAGACCUUCCCGUCUUCGUCCGAAAUCGUGUAAGGAUCAUUCUCGAAAACACCACAGAUGUCAUUUUGAGGCAUAUUCCCGGUGAACUCAAUCCUGCAGAUGUAGGAACACGAGGAGCUGCAAUUGAGGAGCUACUGAAGUUCAAGCAGUGGUGGAAUGGACCAAAAUUUCUCAUGGAGAAACCAGAAUCGUGGCCCUCCAAUUGGCUGGAAACUCUUGAAACUAGCAAAACAGACUCUGCAAAAGAAGGAAAAAGGAAGAAGUCUCAAACGUUUCUGUGCAAUCCGCUUUCCUCAUCUGUCUUCUUAUCUAACAAAAAUGUCGGUCCUGACAAUUGGAACAAUAUGGUCAUAGAUGCGUCACGUUUUAGCACAUGGACCAAGCUAGUAAACACCCUCGCGUAUGUUCUGAAAUUCAUAACAGAUAGGAUACCAAGAACGACUACAGUAUUUGGAUACUCAAAGGCAGCACGUCUGAAUCAUGCAGAAAUUAUCAUAUUUCGUCUUGCUCAGGCGAUGACUCCACCUUCCGAGGAACACAAGAAGCAACUCCAUCUUUUCCAGUGCGCCCGAACUCAGUUAUGGAAAAGUAAAGGCCGAAUAGACUACGCUAAUCUACCUUCGGAAGCAACUACUCCAGUCUAUUUGCCACGCAUGAACAAGAUAACCUCACUUUUUGUACUUCACAUUCAUCAA